GAAACAAGACAAUAGUGCGCGUUUUGUGUUACGAGCAAGUUCUUUCGACCGUAUGGCUCGCGAGUGCUCCAAGUCCUUUUACUUUGACGAGCUGACAACCGCUUGCAAACCCUGCGAACUCCGUUGCAUCAAUGCCAGUACGCGACCUGCUGCCUGUCAGGGCUACAACUGCAGUAAUACCCCAGUAUCUUCCAUGACCACUAAGAGUAUUGCUGCAGGUAGACUCGCAUGGAUUAUCGUUGGAUUACUUCCACUUUUAAUAUUAAUAUUUAUUGUAUUCAUUCUUUUCAUUCGAAAAUUGCAUCAACGGAAAGCAAAUGCACCAUUUAAAUCUACAGAUGUGAUGCCCGAUAGUAAUGUCAUCAUUUCAAAUUCCAAGGAAACGGCACAUGCUGAAGAUGCACAGGAAUUCUCUUCUGUAAGAAAUCAGCAAUCAGAUCAUUUUGUGGAAUCUGACAUUUCCAUUUGUACAGUUCAAGGAAGUGAAGUGAAGAUAUUGAUAUCAGGUGUUCAGGGAGACAAUGAUUAUGAUGCUUCAUUUCCUUUACCGGCUACUGAAGAAGGAGCAACAGCUCUUGUCACAACCAAAACUGCAGAAUGGCGUGACUGUAGGAAAAUGCAUAAUUUCAGCAGUGAUAACUGGUUUUUGAAACGUGGAUUAGCUGACAUGUAGAAUGCUGCAGAACUCUUCCUGAAAGAUUAUCAUUUUGCUAAUGGUGAGAUUUUACUUUGUGCAAAUUGGCUGCCUUACCUAUGUUGUGAUGGUGACUAUACUUCACAAGUACUUUGUUGCCUUUGAAGUAUUUUGAGAUAUCCCAAGGUUAUGAAGAGACUCAAGGUGCCAUACAAGUGCAAGUCUUCACUUUCAUAUGUUAUUGGCUAGAACCUGCAGUUUGCAGUAUGAUCUGCACAGGGGCUAACCCUUAAGAUUAAACUGGUUCUGCUGACUGAUGGUAUCGAUAAUGUUAGAUUUCCCUCUUUAUGCCUUUUGGACUUUCGUGGGCAAGUGCCACAAUUUUUUUUCUUUUUGUCAUUUAACCAAGUCACUGCUUCAAUAUGCUUCCAUUUCUCUUGCUUCGUUUCUUCGUUAACCAAUUCCAAAGUUUUUAAUUUGUUCAGACAGUUGUGAUUUUUCCUAAGGUUUCUUUAUUGCUAUGUUCUCUUUUGCUCCUUUAGCAGUUUGUGCUUUACUGUAGUGAUAUUUAGAGUUUACUCACUUAGUUUUGUUUGACAAUAUUUAAAUUUACCUUUAUUUUCUUUGCUUUUCCUCCAACUAGCAAUUUUUUGAAAUCACUUUUGGGUUCUACUUUUAUGCCUUUCUUCAGUUAUAAUUCUACUUUGAAUCCUUUUUUUCCCAUCCAAUUAAGAUUUUGGUUUGCAACAUUCCUGAAGCUCCACAGCUGUUUGCUACUUCUUUAGCUUCUGAUGCCUUUUGAGCUUUCUAUCUCUUCUAUUUCCUUUAACAAGGUUCAAAUAGUUCUCUUUUUUUUCAUUGGUUCUUUUUGGCCUUUGGUUGAAUUAUUUUGUUUUUUUCCCUUUCUCCUUUCCUCCUUUUGUCAUACUCUUUUAAACACUCUUUUUGUUUUCUUUUUCUCUGUUUUUACUUACCACAGUUAGUUUUGCUGUCUUCCUCAUCAACGUUUUCAGUUUUUGCAUCUUUUGCAGUAUUUCUGUUGGAAUUACUUCUUGGCCUGUCUUGUUCUCUGCUUUUCCAGGGUCUUCCUCCACUGCUGUUGUUUGUGUAUUUUCCUUCAAUUUUGAAAUUCUUUCUACCAUUCCCACUGGUCUUCACUUGAAUGAUACAUGAUUAUUUGCACUAACUCUAUCACACAGUUUCUGCUGUACAGUUCCAUAUCCUUUACUACUGUGGAUAUUCAAUAGGCUUCAAGUUCACAAAAUAUUAUUUUCAUCAGUGUAUUCACAUACAUUUCUUCAAGCAGUUCCUUUAACAAUUCUUUGCACCUUGUUUUGGAAGGAUCAAUGAUUUUGAAUUGAAUAUGGAUAGUUAUUAGUAUUUCAUUUAUUGGCAUUCCCUCACCAAUUCUCACCUGGUUUUACAAUGUUGUCACUGUAAUUCUGUCUCUUUUUCACACAAGAUUAUUUUCUGUUGAUUGAAGUUUAUAUAAUCUGAAUUCUAGGUGAAGACAAACAUUCUAAUUCCCAUCAAAAUGAGUCUGUUGAUUUCUGCCCUCUGUUAAUUUUUGUUAAUCUCUUAAUUCCACUUUUGUUCAUUGAACAAAGCUAAAGGACAAAUACAAGUGUUACGAACCAGCAACAAAAGAAACACACUGAGUCAUGAUUCAGUGUUAAAAACUAUUUUAUUAAUCACUACUUAUGAUAAUUCAAAAAAUAAAAGUAAAAAUGUUAGUAUGUUAGAAUUCAAAAAUGUUAAACCUUGAACAUUAACCCCAAAAACUAAACUCUUCGUGUGUGUGUGGCAAAGUCCCAAACUCCAAGUCCAACGAAUGGUUCUUAAAGUUCAGUUCCGCAAGCCAUAAGGUGAAACAUGAGCAAGGGCUUCUUCAACAACCACCGUUGUCUGAAGAUAAGAUGUAGAUAUAGGGAGAUAGGGAGAGUAAUUACGAAAUCCAAAUGUUCCACGAUGGAACCCAAACGACACUUCAGUGUUUACUCGGUAGUGACUUCCUCACCCCGAAAAGCAUCCGAAUCGUGGUCGUCCACACAAAUACCUGUUUCCUUCUGCAGGUCAGCAACAAAGUGAACUCCACCGGAUUACUUCCAAUUUCCAUACAUGGAUUUCAGUGGCAGGCACAGUUAUUGUUUCUCAUCCAUCGAUAAAGAAAACUAGCAGGCUGGUGUCUCUCUCCCUUUUCUCUCUCUCUCUCUUCCU